AUCGGGGACCACCAUUGAACCCAAAACACCUCCCCCUACAGUAUUUUUUUAAACAGCUUAAUUCUCUGGUUUAACUUACUUACGCACAUCUCUCUUUCAGAAUAAAAUAAUGGAGGUCAAGAUCCUCGAGACCACUGUCGUCCUCCCCUCUCCUCCGUCACCCUUCCACGUCGACCACCACCUCCCUCUCUCCCACCUUGACAACGAUCGCAACCUCCACGUCACCUUCCGUUACCUCCGUGCCUACGUCGCCACCAAUGACCACCCCACCACCACGACGGAUCCAUUCCACGUCAUCACCGCCGCCCUCUCCGCCGCCCUCCGCCACUACUACCCUUUCGCCGGCACUCUCCGCCGCCGCGAAGACAACCGCCUCGAGCUCCACUGCCAAGCUGGGAAAGGCGUGCCAGUUAUCCGCGCCUCCGUCGACUGCACGUUAGAGUCGGUGAAUUAUCUCGACGACCCGGCCGAGACUUGGAUAGAGAAUCUGGUGCCCGAUCCGGACCCAGAAAAGGGGCUGGCGAACCCGAUGGUUUUGCAAGUCACGGGGUUCGCGUGCGGCGGGUACUGUCUCGGGGCCAUGGUGCACCACGCGAUGUGUGACGGACUCGGUGCGACUCAGUUUUUUAACGGGGUGGCUGAGUUGGCUCGGGGAGCGAGUCGGCUGUCGGUCGAGCCGGUUUGGGACCGGGCGAGGUUGUUGGGACCGAGAGAGCCGCCUCGGGUGGAGUUUCCGGUUCAUGAGUUUCUGAGGCUGGAUGAGGGCUUUUCGCCGUACUCGGCGUCGGGUGAACCGGUUGUCAGAGAGUGCUUUCAUGUGAAGGAAGAGUGGUUGGACCGGUUGAAGGGGUUCUUGCGGGAGCGUUCCGGCUCAAGCUUCACCACGUUUGAAGCUCUGGGUUCUUUCAUUUGGCGAGCGAGGGUUAAAGCCUCCGGAACUCCAGGGGAUGAACAAGUCAAAUUUGCGUAUGCCACAAACAUAAGAAAGCUACUGAACCCCCCACUUCCAUCAGGCUACUGGGGCAAUGGCUGUGUAGCAAUGUAUGCCCAAACCACUGCCAAAGACCUAGUCCAUCAACCCAUAUGGUCCACAGCCGAACUAAUCAAGAAAAGCAAACGCAACUCCACCGACCAAUACGUGUGCUCGUUCAUCGAUUUUCAAGAACUCCAUUUCGCAGAAGGCAUCACGGCUGGUAAGGGAGUGAGCGGGUUCACCGACUGGAGGCACUUGGGCCACUCGACCGUGGAUUUUGGUUGGGGUGGCCCAGUGACCGUCUUGCCUCUAUCCAGGCACCUCCUUGGCAGCGUCGAGCCUUGCUUCUUCUUACCAUAUUCUUCGGCAAAAGGGGGGAGCAAGGAUGGGUUCAAAGUACUUGUGUAUUUGAGAGAGAGUGCUGUGGAGGGUUUUAGGGAAGAUGUGGCUAAGUUUAGUCGCCAGGAGUUUGAUUUGGUUUGAGUUUACUCAUCCAGUUUUAUCUUGACCAAGUACUGAUCGAUGGAGCAAGUGUUUUGUGUACUUUUUAUUACUAUUUGUAUAUUGUAUCGAGCCAAAGAGAAAUAACAAAUGGCCUUUGGGUCAGCUGGAUUUGCAACAUUUGUUGCUAAUAAAAUUGGAAGUGUCUAUUA